CGGGCCGCUUCUGCGGGGCGGGGCACGGCUGCGGAGGGGGCGGGGCGCCGCGCCUGCCGCCUUUCCGUGGUGAAAGUGGCCCUGGGGCGCGCGAGCGUUUCCGGGGCAGCGUCAUCACCGUCACGCUCAGCGUCGGCGUCGUGGUCACCAUCAUCAUGACAACGCUCCGCGCCUUCACCUGCGACGACCUCUUUCGAUUCAACAAUAUCAAUCUGGACCCGCUGACCGAGACCUACGGGAUUCCCUUCUACUUGCAGUACCUCGCCCACUGGCCCGAGUAUUUCAUCGUCGCCGAGGCGCCCGGCGGGGAGCUGAUGGGUUACAGUGAGUGCCGGGUGUUCCGGCGGACUCAUGGCCAUAGCUUCCACUUUGAUCUUCCUAGCGCAGCGAGGAGCCUUGGCUGUGGUAACAUCCACACGUAUUUGGUGAAUGGGUAUUUCUUCAUGGGCAAAGCUGAAGGCUCUGUGGCUAGGGAAGAAUGGCAUGGACACGUUACUGCUCUCUCUGUUGCACCAGAAUUCCGACGGCUGGGUUUGGCUGCUAAAUUGAUGGAGCUCCUGGAAGAAAUUUCAGAAAAAAAGGGUGGAUUUUUUGUCGAUCUCUUUGUGAGAGUAUCAAAUCAGGUUGCUGUAAAUAUGUAUAAGCAACUAGGCUACAGUGUAUAUCGGACAGUCUUAGAGUACUACUCAGCUAGCAGUGGGGAGCCAGAUGAAGAUGCUUAUGAUAUGAGAAAAGCUCUUUCCAGAGAUACAGAAAAGAAAUCAGUUAUACCUCUGCCUCAUCCUGUGAGACCAGAAGACAUCGAGUGACUUUAAGCUGUGGUUCUCAUGCAAUUUACUAAGGGUCAGGUUCCAUCUCCUAUAACCCCCAACAAUUCAUGCAUAAGAAGUUUUAGGCCAAAUGUUUUUCCCAUAAAAUACUUAAAAGCAACGUUGAGAAGCUGACUAACGCUGCUUCUAUUGGUAAUGGCUGUAUACUGCUACACUUUUUUAUUUUUCCUUUCACAUGUUGGAGAUUUGGAGACUAUUAAAAAGGAAUUACUUCCUGUA